GUGCGGUGGCGGCGGAAGCCGGCGGCGGGCGCGGGGCCGCUACGUGCGCGGGGAGCGCGGGGCUGCGCUCGUGUGCGCUCGUCGCCGCCGCCGCCGCCGCUGCUGCGCCUUUGAGUCAGCAAACUCCGCCACCAGCUCGUCCGCUGCCCGGCUCUGCCCGGAGCUGCCGCCCACUGAUCGUGUCCUGCGUUGAAGAUGUUUCCAGAACAACAGAAAGAGGAAUUUGUAAGUGUCUGGGUUCGAGACCCUAGGAUUCAGAAGGAGGACUUCUGGCAUUCUUAUAUUGACUAUGAGAUAUGUAUUCAUACCAAUAGCAUGUGUUUUACAAUGAAGACGUCUUGUGUGAGAAGAAGAUAUAGAGAAUUUGUGUGGCUGAGGCAGAGGCUCCAGAGUAAUGCAUUGCUGGUACAACUGCCAGAACUUCCAUCUAAAAACCUGUUUUUCAACAUGAAUAAUCGCCAGCACGUAGAUCAGCGCCGUCAGGGUUUGGAAGAUUUCCUCAGAAAGGUCCUACAGAACGCGCUUCUGCUUUCCGACAGCAGCCUCCACCUCUUCUUGCAGAGCCAUCUGAAUUCAGAAGACAUUGAGGCCUGUGUUUCUGGGCAGACGAAGUACUCUGUAGAAGAAGCAAUUCACAAGUUUGCCUUGAUGAACAGACGCUUCCCUGAAGAAGAGGAAGGGAAAAAAGAAAAUGAUAUAGAUUAUGAUUCAGAAAGUUCAUCCUCUGGGUUCGGACACAGUAGUGAUGACAGCAGUUCACACGGAUGUAAAAUGAUCACAGCUCCGCAGGAAUCCUGAAAAAUAAUUCCAAUGUUACCAUUCUAGGAAUAGCAAAUUAGGUCCCGUCGCAGAGACGAAAGCUUGCGCAUAUUCUCUUCUUACCUAAAGCUCCCUGUCAUGUUAAGUAUUUAAAUUCAUAAAGAUGUUGUGUUGUUUAUUAGUGGUAUUUUUAUGUUGUCCCACUUUGGCUAAGCUUCUGUAAAAAGCUACGAGCCUGUGAAUGCAGCACUCCCCUUGAUAGGCGCAUACUGUUGGUAAAACAAGAUCCUGCCCUCAAAUGAAAGGAUGUAUGUGUUUAAAAAAAAAAAAAAAAAAAAAAAAACUAGUUGAUUUUACUGCAUUUUAAAAGAUAGGUAAGUAGGUAGCAUUUAAAAUCCAGAUAGAGCCUUUCUGCUGGUUUCGCUGGGGCGGUGUUGGCCGAAACACAGCAGGUGUGACGUUAGCCACCUCGGCAGACAGCCUGCUUCUCAGACAGGCAGCUGGUAUUUUGUGGGUACCUCCCCUGCCCUUGGGAAGACGCUUUGCUUUGGGGGGUCUUUAACUGAAAUAUUUGAAGAGUGUUUAUUUAACCUUUCCAGUAUUCUCUUCCAUACUUAGAUGGAAAAUGUAUCUUAUGAAUAGAGACAUGUUAAAAUAAUGUUUACAUCUUAGAAAAAGCCAGAAAUAGUGCUAGACAUUUUGCUUAUAUUUGCAAUAUGUAGACUCAGAAAUGCAUUUGCAUUGUCCAGAAUCAGCUUUCACAUGUGGUUUCUGGAAACAAAUAAUUUGUUUUCAUUAUCUGUGUGUAAUUAGAAUUACAGGUUAACGAUUUAUCUUCUGACUUAAUGUGCAAUUUCUUAUCACAAGAGAACUUUCUGUGAUGGUCAGUGGUGGUUAAUUGUUCCUUAUCUUUAAGUUAAAAGUGGGAUCUUAAAAACAUUAAUAAAUUUUGCCAAUAAAUAUUGCCAUAAUUUAGAAAAGGAUAGGAACUUGCUAAUUUCAGAAUUAAUUAAUUUUUUAAAAAGCCCUUUCUUUUAUGGCAUCUGCCUGAGGAUUGGUAUAAUUUGAUAAAAAUGUCUUUUUUUUAGUGGCCCAAAGAUAAAGUGUCUUAGAUAAACUACAUUGAACUGCAAAUUUCAGAUGAGGCAGAAUUUUAUUGAGAUAAUUGUCUAAGUUUCUUCCUUGUUGAAUGGUACAAAAUAUCCCUGAAUUUAACAGGAAGAUAUUUUUACAUAGCUGGGAUAACUUGUUGCUUUAAUUAAAUGUUACCUCACCUCAUUUUAACUAGGAAUUUAAAAGUUACUGCAUUAUUUUAAGUCUUUGAAAUGCUUUUAUCUAAGAACCCACAGAAAAAAAAUUAGAAUACGAAUGAUUUCCUUAAUUUUGCCUUUUGUUUUUUCUGUUUGGUCUAAAACAUUAUUGAACUUUGUGCAAAUAUUUUGAUUUAAUGUAUCUUGGACCGUAUUACUUUGCCAUCUAAGACAUAUUAGUUUAAUACAGGACAAAAAAAGAUUCAGCAAUUUUUUUUUUAAUCUUGCUAACAUGUAAGGUUUGCCACCCAUUUGAGUGCAGUCCCCAGCUCCUUGGCAAUAUGUACUUGCAUUCAUGUUAUUUCUGUUUUACAGCAGUUUUGAAAAGCAUAUUACGUGCCACCAAUUGUCAUAUAACGUUUAGAUGAUGCUACCACAGCCAUCAAAAUUGAUAUUAAGUAUUGCCUAAUACUCUGGUAUGUAAACUUCAUGAGGUCAUCAUUUUCACAUUAAAAAUGAAAACAUCAA